AAAACUGCCCGCUAUUUUCAGUGUCGAAUGAGCUCGUAAAAUAUUGAUAUCAGUUAGUUCUGCCACUAAGGGCGCGUGGUUGUUCUCAAGACCAUCCUGAUACAGACACUCAUUGAUCAAAGUCGAACUUAUGAUUACCAAUUGGUUCAUCUGGCUUCUUUGGCAAUUCAGAAUAUGCGCCGUUACCAGUUUUGAGUCUCUCUCAGGUGUAAAAAGUGCAAUGACGACGCAUUUAAUUGGUUGCAAAUUCGCCACGCGGAAGAAUAUCGAUGAUUAAAUGCUCCCACUCAAUUUAUACGGCGUAGUCUUGGGAGGGACGAAACUAUCCUAUGUCCUCUGACAGCGGGUGUCCUCUAAGUGUGUCUGGGUCAGGCAGCUGGAGAGUCCAAUCCCCCUCCCCCUCACCCGCCCCCUCGUCCCCGAGAUCCUUCAGUGGGACAAACACCACACCACCUUCGCCUCACCACCACACCCCUCGUCAAAACCAGCAACAACAUUACAAUCCACGUGCAACGCCCAGUCGAGGGGGACCGGGCGCGGACUUCUUUCAAGAGGCAUUUGCUGCUACCCCUUCAGGUGUUUCUCCGCCCCAUCACCCCCAUUCGCAGCUGACUGGGAGAACCACUAGGAGCCUGGAAGAGAAUCACAACUCAGAGUCCACAUCACUUGGACAUGGGAAUGUGUGGCGGGAUGUUGCGGGCGAUUGUGGCGGAGGACCAGGUGUGGCUAUGGGGUCCAUUGGAAUGGGACUGAAAGGGGAGAGAUCUCCUCUUCCGAGGGUCGACGUAGAGAUGUAUGAAGACACCGACUUAGCAGACAUGCAAGAUAAGCAUACGAGCAGUAGCAGACUGUCGAGUCUUGACUCAGCCCCCGAUUUAUCAUCUCAAUCACAGCCAUCUGGCCAUCUACAUACUCAAUCGUUCUUCAAUAGCAGCCCAAUUUGCUCCAGCGGAGGACCCCCGACAUCCCCAUCAACUCUUGGGGCUGCAAGGUCGUCUUUUCAAAGUGGGGCAAGUAGUAGCAGGGGUGGAUCCGCUUUUGAUUUGGCUAGUGCGAUGUCAUCAUGCACUGAGCAACACUCCAAUAGCGGCGGUCCUAUGGGAGGUCUGUUCUCUGAUGAUGAGUGGACUGCUCCUAGCCAGGAUCUGCAAAGAAGACUGAUUGAGCAGAUGCAACUCCUUUUCAGUGACGAGAACCUAGUUAAAGAUGCGUUUCUGCGCAAACAUGUGCUCAAGAACAAGGACGGAUUCGUAAACCUCAAACUCAUCACUAGUUUUAAGCGUAUCAAGACACUCACAAAGGACUGGCGAACUCUGGCUUACAGCAUCCAGAAUCUUCGACCCGACUCGUUUUUGAUGAACCGAGAGCGGACCAAGGUUAAACGGACUCAUCCGUUGCCAGACUUCGAGGGCGGUCGUAGUAAUAGGACAGUGGUUGUAUUCAACCUGCCCCCACCUCCUUCGAUGGUCAGCAGCAUAGCCUCAGUGGGUCAGUUGUUCGCAUCGUGUGGAGAGAUGGCCAGCAUCCGGAUAUUGCGUCCCGACAAGCCUCUGCCCAGCGAAAUCAGGCGCCACAUACAGUCUUGCGAGGUCGCCUAUCAAGAAGACACAUGCACUGCCGUGAUUGAAUUCGAAAAUGGGGACAGUGUACACCGUGCAGUGGAGCAACAACAGCUGAUCAACCAGGCACUUAGAGAGACCAUGACGCCGGCACAUCCUCAGAACCAACAAGUCUCUCCAUCCGCCCAGGUUCCACCAGGACCAAUCGCAGAAUUGCUGGUACAAGAACUGGAUCAAACAAGGAAAACAUCUAGUCAUGCUUCCUCCCAAUCAGCAGGGGGCAAUGGGUCGAAGAGACGCAAGAGAAUUGAGGAAAAACGACAACUAUUUAUCAACUCCAGGUCAGCCGCCAUCACCGAAUCUCUAGCUGGGGGCUACACGCCUCCACAGCGACAUUCGCAUGCACAAGGCAAUCGAAUAAUUGGUGGGACAGGGGCUUCUAUCAAACUAGACGCGAGGAGCUGCAUCAGCAGGAGCUACACCUCAACUCCAGCGCCCGGUUCCAAUGUGGUAACUGCUUUGACGGAUCCUUUCUCAAAAAGUGCUGCAAAUUCACGUUGUGUGUCGCCGAGUGCAUUUGGGUUCUCUUCCAUCCAACAGCCUCCAUCUUCACCUUCAACUGCCACUUUCUGCAAAGUGGUCGGAGGUUUUGGUCAAUUGUCCCUUCCUCAGGAUCGCUCGGGUGCCCUGAGUCGCGGGGGCAGCAGCGAGUCUUUAUCAGGAUCCGAAUACAGCGCCCACAGCCGAGGCAGGACACCUUUCGCUCCGGGCUCUGAUCGGAUGUUGCGGGCACCGUCAGGUCAUUUCUUUUCAGCUAGUGGAACUCGUCAUAAUACAAAUACAACAGCAUGGAGGGCAGCGGAGGGAGAGAGGGAACGAGGAAGGUUGCAACAGAGUGGCAGUCAUUCUUCUCAUUUUCUUAGUCCACCUGGAAGUUCUUUCCAGAGCAUAUCUUGCUCCAGUCCCUCAGAAGGAGGCAGUAACGACCACCUGUCAGGUUGCUCCCGAAGUCAGACCUCAUUCAACGUCGUACCUACCCAACACCAACCCCACCAACAGACUAACCAUCCACACAACCCCCUUUCCCCUGGUGGGGGAAGGUGGCUCAGCCCUCACGAGGAGAAAGACAGUCGACAGAGCAUGGCUUUACAUUUGACCCCUGCAACACACCAACAGCAUGGACAGAGGAACAGUGGAAGGGGGAAGUUCGAGUACCCAAUACAUCACUGGAACGAAAUGGCCAAGCUAGAAGCUCCUUCUGCAAUCAGCGAAAGACGUUACAGUGACAUCCCAGUCCACCGAACAACCAGUGGGGAACAGGAGGCUAUUAUGAGACCCCUGCAUCACCACCAGAGCCACUCCGGGGAUCCCCUCAGGGGACAGACCGCGGAAGCCAUGGCACCCAGUCUGAUACCCUGGAAGAGAACAUCCUUCAGUCUAGAUCAGCAAUGUCUCUCAUCUGUGGGCGUAUCAGGAUCCCUGGGAAUGGGAAGCAGUGAUUCACAGCUUCUUCUUAGUUCACAUCAUUCGCAGUCGACAUCGCCCUCUCCCUCAUUUGCGUUUCUAGAUGAGGGUAAUAGUGAUAACAUGGGCGGUAUGGAUCCCUUCGUGCGUCUACCGUCGUUGCACUCACAUCCCUACUCGUGUGUUCCCUUCCCCUUCAUGUCACAUCUCCUAAGCCACGAAAACGUGGGAUCGGGUGCUGAUUUGGAGGCAAAUAGACAUCCGCAGCCGCCUCAGACAAUAUCUUUAUCUACACAGUGUAACGACGCCUACUCUAAGCAGGGUGUUGCUCCAAACUUAUCAGGCGGAGAGGGGCACUCACCCACCCCAACUAACAGUAAUGUACUGCCACACCCUUCUCACUCCCAGCGCCACCUGUCACUGGGAGGUCCCACUCCAAGUGUGAGCAUAGAAGCCUCAGGCACUGCUUUGGACACUUUCGGAAUGGGUUCCCUGGACUUGGGAGGUGCAAGUGCGAUGGUCACUCAAAAUAUCAACACAACAACAGCCAACAUACUAGAUACACAACUGCAGCCACCAUAUACACAACAGCAGCAAUAUACACAGCAUCAGCAAAAUACACGUUGGGGAACCGAGGUUACUAGAGAAGAAAAAGGUUGGGAUAAGUUGAACUGACCUAACUCAAACUUGCUUGGACAGGUGAACAUACAAUGAAUGGUGUUUUCUCGAGUAUGUAUCGAAGCUUGAGCCGAAUCUCGAAAAACCGAUGAUUGAUGAAACUUAAAUACUUCUAAUGAGUUACUUCUUAGCAAUAUUUUAAAUUAUUUGCUACGAUACUCGCGAGCACAGUCACUCAUAACGAUGGCGAACUAAAGUAACGAAGCUAGUCGUGUUUUUAUGAUGUAAGUGUUGUUGUUUAUCAUUCUGGAUGUAAGCUUUGUAAACCAUUCUACAUAAAAUCUUAGCCAUUACUUACUUGUUUUCAAGUAGCCAUCCGUGUUUUGUGUCUCAUCUCUAUUUUUUUCUGUCAGACGUGCAAUAUAGCUGCUGUGCAAUUAUGCUGCUAAUUUAGAUAGAUAACUUUUUCAUGGUUAGCUUGUUAAUUGUUGUAACUCCCCGAGAAAGCAAGGCUAUGAAGUAUGGAAUUUUUCAUUUAAUAAGUUUAUA